GUUUCAGUGGCUGCCUAGUUGAUCUGUUCGCUCUGGGAAGCUCUGGGUGUUCUGUUGUCUGGGAAGAAAGAAGUGAUCAUGGCUCCCUGGCCUGAGGUGGAAAAGCCUGAAACCAAUAACUAUAUUGGGGACUCUUCCAAGCAAAACCAGAACAUGACUGGGAAAGAAGGAGAAAGUCACAAAGCAGGCAACGUGGCUUCACUUGGAAAUAAAGGGGAAAUUCAACCUGCAUUUUCCACAAUAGCCUUGAUAGAUGAGACAAGGCCAGAAGAAGAAGACCCAUGGGCUUUGCCAGAACUGCAGGAUACUGGGGUCAAGUGGUCAGAACUGGAUCAAAAAGGAAAAAUAAUUCGUGUACUCUACGGGAUAGGGAAGUUUAUUAUGCUACUUGGAUUACUCUACAUGUUCGUGUGUUCUCUGGAUGUACUAAGCUCCGCCUUUCAACUGGUAGGAGGUAAAGCAGCAGGGGACAUUUUUCAAGAUGAUUCAGUGCUGUCUAAUCCUGUCGCAGGACUGGUGAUUGGAGUUCUGGUGACUGUUAUGGUCCAGAGCUCCAGCACUUCUUCAUCCAUUGUGGUCAGCAUGGUGUCCUCCACAUUGCUGACUGUUCGAUCAGCUAUUCCUAUCAUAAUGGGGGCAAACAUUGGCACCUCAGUUACAAACACAAUUGUGGCACUCAUGCAAGCUGGGGACAGGAAUGAAUUUAGAAGGGCCUUUGCUGGGGCAACAAUUCAUGACUUCUUUAACUGGCUUGCUGUGUUUGCACUGUUGCCCAUUGAAGUUAUUUCUGGCUAUCUUUAUCAUCUUACUAAUGUUAUAGUUGAGUCCUUUCAACUUGAAAGUGGUGAGGAUGCCCCUGAGCUACUAAAAGUUAUCACAGACCCCUUUACAAAGCUCAUCAUUGAGCUUGAUAAGUCAGUAAUAAAUGCAAUUGCUACAAAUGAUGAAUCAGCGAAAAACAAAAGCCUGGUAAAGAUUUGGUGUGUAACUGAAACCAACGUGACAUUGCAGAACGUCACAAUUCCACCUUCAGAAAACUGCACAUCUCCUGACCUUUGCUGGACUGAAGGAAAUACGACAUGGGCCAUAAGGAAUGUAACCGAAACAGAAAAUAUCAGUAAAUGCCGGCAUCUCUUUGCAGACUCAGACCUGCCUGACCUUGCCAUCGGUCUCAUCCUUCUGGCUUUGUCCCUGCUUGUUCUGUGCUCCUGUUUAGUGAUGAUUGUUAAGCUAUUAAACUCGGUGCUUAAAGGACAAGUGGCAAGUAUUAUCAAGAAGACAAUCAACACUGAUUUCCCAUUUCCUUUUACUUGGCUAGCUGGAUACCUCGCUAUGCUGGCAGGGGCUGGUAUGACCUUCGUUGUCCAAAGUAGUUCUGUUUUCACAUCUGCUAUUACACCUCUUGUUGGCAUUGGCGUUAUAAGCAUUGAGCGCUCUUAUCCCCUUACCUUAGGAGCUAACAUUGGCACAACCACAACAGCUAUACUUGCAGCUUUGGCAAGUCCAGGAAGUACAUUAAAAUAUUCAUUACAGAUUGCCUUGUGCCACUUUUUCUUCAACGUCUCUGGGAUUAUUCUGUUUUACCCACUGCCUUGUACCCGGCUGCCAAUCCGCAUGUCCAAGACCUUGGGAAACAUAACAGCCAAGUACAGAUGGUUUGCUAUAUUUUAUCUUCUUGUCUGCUUCUUUCUUUUGCCUUUGUUUGUAUUUGGUCUGUCACUGGCAGGCUGGGCAGUCCUUUUGGGUGUUUGCCUUCCCCUGUUUGCUCUUUUUAUUGCUGUGGUUGUAAUUAAUAUUAUGCAGUCGAGGAGACCACAUUUGCUGCCUGAGAAACUCCAGAACUGGGAUUUCCUAUCCAUCUGGCUGCGAUCCCUAGAACCCUGGGACAAUAUAAUUAUGUCUUCACUCGCCUUUUGUGGGAAACACUGCUGUGGCUUCUGCAAGUGCUGCAAAGUCAAUGCAGAACAGGAGGGUGCCAAAGACAAGCAGCUAAAAACUAUGGAGGUUUAUGAAAACACCAUUGCGAUGACCGAUGAAGACAGGGGUGGAAGAAGGGCACCAGCUGCAGCUUGUGUUGAAAAAACUGGCACAAACAACACAGCCUUAUAGUAGCGGAUGUAGCUAUCAUAACAGAUAUACGGCGUAGGACAGUCAGGGUCUUGAAAACCACCUUGGACAAUGCACUGAGGACAGAGUUAACAUUUUGUUAGCUUUCUGCAGCCAGUGAUGCAUCACUCAUCGAGGAAUGGAGUCAAACAAGCUUGACAGAGUCCCUAGAAAAUCUGUGAUCAGUUGAAAAGCAAAAGACAGAUUUGCUUACAGAGGAUCUACUAUGCGCUGCCUUCAUCCAUUGCUAUCAGUAGCAAAAAAAAGAAAUCCUGAUGUACUCCCAUGAAAAGAGGGAUGAAAAGAGUGAUGAUCAAUUAAAAGUUAAUUAAAAAGAAAAUGAACAAUGCACUUGUAGAACAGCUUUUCUGACUUACUGGCUUAUUCAGCAGAAGUUACUUUAUGAUACCCAAAAAGCUCUGAAAAUGGAAAAGAAAAAAAAAGAAAAAUACCCGAGAAUCCUAAUGUUUUCAUUGGUCUAUUUGCAGUGGUCAAAAUGGAAAAAAAUAUUUUUCCCACUAUGAACAAUAUCUGUUAUAUUUGUGUGAAGGAAAACAAAAUGAUCAGACGCUUCAGAAGCUCUGAGAGUCCUGCUCUGAUAUAAGAGCAUGCACAAGCCCAUCUUGAGCCCUCUCUGUCUCCUUUAACACCAGAGAUAGGAGUUAUAAACUUUUAUUAUCUCAAGCUAAAGGCAGUAAAAGUAAUUGCUGAUCCCUCUGCCUGCUGAAGGUUAAGCACUGGGUUUGGAGACACUGAGUAACAACCAAAGAGCUUAAUGGACUCAGGAAGUGGUUGUGGGGCCAUUCUUCUCUUUACGUGGUCCUCUCCAGUCCUGUUCAACACGUAACCCCACAAUCAGAGGAAGGGUGGAGGAGGGAGAACAAGUGGCCAGUGUAGGGGGGGGGAGACAGCCACCGAAGCCUCGGCUGAUGCCAAAAGUUCUCUGUGUGACUGUGGUUCUGUUUGUUUGAGCCACAAAAUGACCUUUCAGAGUAGUGGUGGAGACUGGCUUUAGAACUACAAAAGAGGGAACCUGAAGAACAGCCUUUGGCUAGCUUGGGGCAUUAGUAACUUUUACUGGAGAGGAAGGAGUGUUCACUCUGCACUGUCACUUUGUGCUCCGAACAGCCCUCCCUGCAAAUAAUGUGAAUUUUACCUGCCAUCAUAUGUAGCAACCCAAACCUGAAAUAAAAUCCAUAGCUAUGCAAGCAUGGGAAAAUGUCUGAAGUCCAACCACUAACUUUAAAAAAAAAAAAAUCUGGUGGUUGAGUGUAGACCAAUCGUCAUUUAAAGCCAAUUUACACAGUUGAGUUGUAGAUUAAAUUUGUAAUGGAAAUGUUGAGAGGAUUCUUAAUUUAACAUAGCCACUUAGUGCUGCUAGAACACAUUGACUUCUGAACAGUUGUUUACUGCAGAGCUUUGGAAUUCAGUAAGUUGAAUUUGGCUGUCAGGUAAAUAUGUACAUUUUAGAAGUGAAAAUUGUUUUAAUUUACAUUUUAAACUGAUGUUUAUACUGGCAAACUGUUCCUGAAAAUGGGUUUGUAAAUUGCAUUCAUACUGAGAUUCCAACUAUUUCUGUGAUUGUGAGCCAGUGACAAAAUGCUUAUAAUCCGAGUGAGUUUCCAAGCCCUCUAGUUUUGGUAUAGUUUUGCUCUUUUGGUUUUUAGUAGCACAGAGCAGAGUUAUGCCAAACUAUUCUUUUAAAAUUUAUUUUCCUUAUCCUUCCUCCACUUGACACAGAAUUUUUUCAGCAUCUAAUUUUUGAAGUUGAAUUUUGGUAUCUUCAAUUGUGCUGCUUUGUUUCAUUCUCAAAAUUCUGGAUGCUUUCUGAAUCUGUUUCUUUAAAUCCCACGGUAGAUUUCCCAUGCUCUGUUUUGUUGGGAAAAAUAUGAGGAAAAUAUCCAGAAUUCUUUCCAAGUUAUCUCAAGUUUCCAUUGACCACCCAUUGAAACAGGAAAUAUUUUCAUCUACUUUCUCUCGUUUCUUGAACACCUUAUUUUGCACCUUGAGGUAAAACUGUCAAGCUCUGUGAUAAUAAUUAUGGAAAAGCAGUUCUUGCAAAAUAAUGAGGGUAAUAAUUAAUAGCCAGACAUAUCAGUACUUUAUGGUUCCUCAUUUUAACAUUUUCCCUAUGACAUAUUCAGUUCUUACUCUCCUCUCUCCUUCCUCCAGGCCAUGUUGUGCCGUUGUUUUAGGCAGAUUCUGACAAAGACUUCUGUUUGACACUUGACAGCACAACACGUCCUGACAUUUCCCCCCCCCUCUACUCUUACCAAAAGAUAUUAAUGCUUUAUUUAUAAUUAUUUGAGUGUACAGAAUUUUUCGUAAGUUAUACAGAAAAAGGUUUAUGAUUGUGUUAUAUAUUACAUAUUUGAAAACUAUGCAAUGUUUAUCUAUAAAAAUGUAAAAAGAACUACUGUAUAUUUUGUAACAUAACUUUUCAAAUUGUUUGUAACUGUGUAUACUGCAUAUUAUGGAGGCUCUUGGCUCCAUCAAUAGGAUACGUAAAGAUUGCUAGCAAUGCAGAUUUCUUAAAGUAAGUAUGAAAACCGCCUGUGUACUUUCAUAAUCUGGUUUAAUGCACAAGGAUAUAGAACUUUACUUUUCUAAAAUAUUUGAAUUUUCUGUAAUGACGGAUUUUGGAAAUACAAGGUUUCUAAAAUAGUUUUUUAAACUCUUAAGCACUAUUUCUUUUAACUGUUUUGAGGAGAGUAUAUGGCUGUAUACUUCGUCAUGAAUAUUCAUCUUGUAUGUCCUCAUGCA